UCAGCGCCACAUUUCGAGCGUAGACUAGCAGCCAUGACCGACCAGAGCGCCGCCGGCCCGACCACCAACUUCAACUACCUCAAGACGGGCGCCGGCAAGACCGAGCGCAAGGCGCUGUGCAUCUGCUGCUCGUACCCCGGCACCCAACUGGCGCUGCCGGGCUGUGUGAGAGACCAAGCUGCGAUGGUGGACAUGCUGCCCAAGCAAGGCUACGACGUCACCUUCCUCACCGACGGCGACAACUACCACGAAAAGCCGACCAAGGCCAACAUCGUCCGCGAGAUGAAGAAGCUGUGCGCGUGGCUGAGCGAGAAGGAGGGGCGGCAGGGGUGGAUCUCGUACUCGGGGCACGGGGCGCAAGUGCCGGACGACGAGAUCCAGAAGGUUGGCUACAGCGAGGAGAAGGACGGCAUGGACGAGGCCAUGGUCAACAUCGACUACCAGUCCGUCGGCCUUCUCACCGACGACGAGCUCAAGGAGGUCCUCGUCUUCAGCAAGGGCUCCUCGCUGAUGGUCUUUAUGGACUGCUGCCACUCGGGCACCAUCCUCGACCUCCCCUACCGCCUCACGCACGAGGCCACCGGCCCGGCGUACGACGUCAUCCCCGACUGCGGCACCAUCUUCUGCGUCUCGGCCGCCCUCGACGAGCAGUGCGCCUACGAGACCUCCGAGGGAGGCGUCUGCACCCGCGCCUUCCUCGGUGCGUACAGGAAGGGCCAGCCGCCCGGACAGAUGCUCCAAAAGAUGCGCGCGUACGCGCAAGCGAAGAAGAUGCCGCAGCAGAUCACCAUGAACUCGAACCGUCCCUUCACCGACGCGGACGGCUCCUUCAUCGACGCCGACCCGGCGAGCGGCAUCUGCGAGUCGCUCCUCAACUGCCUGACGGGUGAGACGUCGGCGACGCGCAGCAUCGAGAUCGGAAACAAGCAGGACAAGGGCCAGAUCCCGCCGUCCAAGCCCUGCACCGCGGCCGGCAAGAUCUUGCCGCAGCCCACAAAGGACUACGUUAAGUCGAUCCGCGAGAAGAACGGCUACGUUGCGCAGCUCUGAGAGAACUGCGCGCCCGGGCGGCGCAGCGGCGGCAGCGGCGCAGCGGGCGGCAAUGCCACAGCGGCGUCGCCCCCGACGCGGCGGAGCGGGUGUUGCUACGGGUGACCGGCGAGGGGAUCGAUG